AUGUACGGUCAGUCGAGUCGUUCUGAUCCUCCAUCACAGCCGGAAUGGCGACUUCCUCAACGUCCGGCGCAGCCGUCGCAGUCACAGCCAGUGCCUCCUGCUCCUCCCCCUCCUCCUCCACGUCCCCCGGUUCAAUAUUCACCAGCUGCUCCAUAUUCACCGGCUACCUAUGGACCGAUUUCAAAUCCACAGAGACUACCAUCGCCGAGUGGUGCGGAUACAACCACGUGGGGAGUGCGGUUCAACCAAAGCUCCGGUCCCCCACUGCCGCCUCGACCUCCGAGUACCAAUGAUCAACGAUAUGCCUAUGGACAAUCUCAGUCGCCUGCAUCUGUAGCAGCCCCUUUUCACGCCAUCCAACCCUCUCCGCCCCCCCCUCCACCUCCUCCGUCAUAUACACGAACGCCCGCACCACCCAGUGUUCCACAACCGCCUCCAAAGAUCCCACAGGGGUUCCAACAUGCACCAACCGUACAAAGCGAUCAAACGGGGCGAGUCCCAUUGCUCGCUCAUGGCGCGGGGCCGGCUGCAAUGAUUGGAUCUUACGAAUUCCGCCCGCCUAUCCUCGAUACAAGUACUACAACCACCAGCGCAUCGGCUCUGGGCCCUGGAACACCAUCGGAUUGGGAGCAUCUUGGUCCAACACCUGGACACUUUGACGACGCACCGUGGUUCCCACCUCGCAGAACGCCCUCUCCGCGUCACGAAACGUUUCAACCACCAAGGCCUCCGGCUGAUAUUCCCAAUGUGCCUGUGGAAAGUGAAUCUCACAUCGUCGCUCGCCCGAGAACAGAUACAAAUGAAACGCUUUCAAGUACUAUCUCCGGGGCGACACAAUCAGGACGAGCUACCUCACAUUCGCCCGUCAGUCCAUGCACAACACAGGGAAUAUCAACACCGCCUUCACUGGUCCGCGUGGACACCACCAACUCUGCCUUGUCUAUGGGACGUUCAGACAGUAUCGACAAUGUAAUUGAUGCAUGGGUCCGCCCAUUAUCUCCUGCGCAUAAACCAGUUCAACCGGAACAUCAGGACCGCCCCAGCGGGUUCAAUCAAACUAGCCCAGUAGAGCGCUCGCAGUCUGCGCGAACCAGCUCGUCAAUUUUUGACCAUUUGCGAUCGAGCUCGAAUAGUUCUGCGCGAAUGGUCGAAGGAUCUAGAAGGGUGGCUACGCCAAAGAACCAAGAUCCCUUUGAGGAUAUGGACCCCUGGUCCAAAUCAUCGUUGGAAAGAUAUAUUGCCAUGCUACGUAAGGAGGCAGUGGCUGACUUGGAUGAAGAACGAUAUAAAAUCUUCACGGCUUUCAUGGCCAAGGAGACCAAGCUCCGGGAGAUUCUCUAUAAUAUUGAGCAUGAGCCUGAGAUUAAACCGCUGACUCCGCGGGCUCCUGGCCCUGCUCCUCCUCAACCGCUAUCUGUUUCUAAUCCCAAACCGCCUGUUGAAUCGGGACUGAUACCUGUUGCGUCAGAAGAAAGCCCGCCCAUGUCGGCGGCAACAGCAACAGCAACAGCAACAGCAACAGAGGAUGAAGAUAUCGAUGAUGUUGGCAGUGAGUACAGUUCAGGUGGCCGGCCCCUGCUCGCUCAGCAAGCGCGACGGAGCUCGCAAUUUCUUCCUAAUUUAUCUACUGUGACCUCGGGCGCAGAGUCGGCUCAUCUCUCAAGACCCUUAUCCAUGAUGUCAACAGAUACGCAGAAGCAAGUCUUGGAGCCCCUGGCUACGAACCCCCCGCGGCCCAUAUACACGCCAUUCCAGUAUAAGGAGGGUCCUCAGCGAGGCUCGGACAACCUCACAUUUGCUCGCCCAGCCUACAAAGCCUACUCUGAUAUGCGGCAAGCAGCUGUCAGUGGGCGAGUCAUGUCAAAUGCGCCGGCAACUACAUCUCGUUCGAGCUCAAGCACUGCACUUGCAUCUCCAACUCAGAAUGAACAUGACGAGACCUUUCUCGGUCUAAUUCGUCACAAGAGCGUCGCUUAUUCUAAACCGGCAGAGCAAAACUCUCCGCCGCUUCCAUCGCUGCCAGAAACUCUUCGUCAAGGCCGGCCGAAGGCCCUUGUGGAAGAAUUACGCACCAUAGUAUCAAAGCCCUUGGACAAACAGUCUGAAAGCUCAUGGCAGAUCACGACUCGGGAAGGACUCGAAAAUUUCUCGGACGAUUUCUCGUGCAUCAGACGGACCGCCGAUCAAUGGGAGGAAACAGCGCAAGCGAGACGGCAAAAGCUAGAUCAGGAGCGUAUGGCUCGUCAGGAUGAAUCUGAGCUACACAUCGAUGAUCUUUUCAAUGCGAAAGAGAUCGGGUAUGCAGACAUCAAUACCUUGGAAGAAGACUUCCGGCAAACUGAAGCUCGGGUCCAAUUAGAGGAGGAACGACACGAAGUGGACGAUUUCGUUACACAUGUCUUCAACCCCUUAGACGAAGGCCUGAAAUCUGAAAUUUCGGCGCUUCGCAAGUCCUACGACGCUGCUCUCAGUCAACUUGACCGCGAUUCACAGGGCAAAGCCCCACCAAGCGAACGAGGCAGCCCAUCCGUGACCAUGAAAAUGGUUAAUGACAUUCACAAUAAGCUUGAAAUCCGAUUCCAGAAACGUCUUGAAUUAGCUCUUGACUGUGAGCAACGACGGAAGAAGGCUGAGCGGCGACCACUUGUGUUCAUGGGUGAUGUGGCUGGUCUGCGAAAACUAGACGGAGAAUUUGACCAGAUGGAACGGCGAAACAUUCUGGAAGCGAGCAAGGACCGUGAUGACCGAGCCAACCGACUCAUGGAUUCCUUCGACGAUGCAAUUUUGCAUGGACUAGGUACAAAUCAGACCCUCCUAGAUGAAGUUGCCUCAAAAGCAGCCCAGCUAGAUACCGCCACCCUUCGAGCCUCCGGUCUAUCGAUUUCUGAAAUUGAGCAGAUUCUCAAAUCUGCAGCAACCUUUGCGGCAUCCCUCCGAGCCGAUUCGGAGGCCAUAAUCCGCAGCGCCGGGGUUGCAGAUAUGACCCUCAACGACGCUGACUAUGGAGUGUCCGUGGCGGAAGCGCGAUAUGCCAACUCAGAACCGGAUAUUUUCCAUCGGCUUGAGGAUGAGAAGAAAAAAGAGGAUGAGAAAAUCCAGGAAGACCUAAAUUCAAAGUUGCAGAGCAUUCAGAAGGGGCCUGUGCAGAUUGAGGCCACAAUUCAACGCCUUCUCCUUGGCUUACACAACGACCCCCACACCGCUGCCCCGAUCUCCCCAGUCCACGAUUCUUUCCCAAGGAGGUCAUCUGGUGAAGUGGCUAUACCUCCAAGUCUUCGCCCUUCGACUACUAGCCCGAGUCCAUCUUCCAGUCCAGCGCCCGUGAGUCAAAGCACGGAUGAAGAAUUGGAACAUAAACAAAGGCUUCUUAGAGCGCUAGAGGCAGCCAAGCAGCGCAACGCUGCCAGGAGCCACCAUUGA